UUGGUUAAUGUAAAUUAAAUAAUAAAAAUGGCGAUACUUGAAAUACCAAUAGAAAUGCUAAAGAAAUCCAAGAAAAGAAAAAGUAAGGAAAGAUUGCGUGAAAUUAUAAAGUAACAAAGAUUAUCAUCGCAUAAAACAGGGCUUGGAUGUAACUGUAUAAGGCUGAAAUAUUUUCAUAAUGUUAAAGAAGAAGAUAGAAAAGUGUUAAUAAGAUAUUUUAACUCUCUAGCCAGCAAGGAUGCUCAAGAUUCGUAUCUUGCAAGUUUAAUAACUUUAAAUAACGUUUCAAGAAGAAGACCACGAAACAUUAAUUCAAAAGGUUAUAAUAGCAGUUACACAUAUAAACUUUUUAUUACAAAUCACGAGAUAUUUGCGAGUUCGUUUGUUUAUGUUUGUUUUUCUGCGUUUAUUUCAAUCUUUGGCAUAAAGAAGGGAAGAUUAGAGACCAUUAAAAGAAGCCUUUUAACUACAGGUCACUCUCCCCAUGAUAAAAGAGGUAAACACAAGAAUCAGUAUAACAAUUUUACUCCUCAACUAAAAAAUAAAAUAUGUGAUCACAUUUCUUCUUUCAGAGGUAGAGAGUCCCACUACUCUCAAAAAAAAACUAGGCGACUAUAUCUUCCUCAAGAAUUAAAUAUAACCAAGAUGUAUGACUUGUUUAAAAUCAAGUAUGCAAAUGAUAAAUUGUCAUAUGAAUCUUAUCGCAACAUAUUUAACACUAGUUUUAACAUUUCUUUUGGGUACCCUAGGACUGACACAUGUUCAAAAUGUGAUGAGUUUAAAAUUAAAAUUGAUGCAAUAAAAAUUGAACUAUCUUUUAAUUCAGAAUGUACAAAGCUUGAACAACAAUUGCAUGAGCUUGAGUUACUGAAAAAACAGCACCAAAAAGAUGCAGAAACAUUUUAUGUCAGGAAAAUAAAUGCUCGGUUUAAAGCACAAAGGGAGUACAAAUUUGAGGCAAUUGCUUUUGAUUUCCAAAAAAAUCUUAACUUACCAAAUCAAUCAACCAACGACUUUUACUACAAACGAAAAUUAGCAUUUUAUUCAUUUAAUAUUCACGUGCUCUCCAGUAAUAAAGUUUAUUUGUAUUGUUAUGAUGAAACUAUAGCUAAAAAAGGGGCUGAUGAGGUAACUUCGAUGUUAUAUGAUUUUUUUAUAAAACAUUUAGACAAAGAAAUUCGAUCUGUAGAGCUAUUUUGUGAUUCAUGUGGUGGCCAAAACAAAAACUAUACAUUAAUUCGUUUUAUGGAUUUUCUUGUACAUGAAAAAAAAAGGUUUGACUAUAUUAAAGUUACAUUUCCAGAACGUGGUCAUUCUUUUAUGGAAUGUGAUAAAGAUAUGGGAUUAAUUAAUUGCAAAACACCCAUACCCAAAUGCUCGUAAAAACCCCACUCCGUUUCAUGUUAUAGAAUUAACAUAAGGUAUGGUUAAAAGUAUAACUGAUUUUAUAAGACCAUUUUAUAAGAAUAAAUGUCCAAUUCCAACACGUCCUCUUCGUGAAAUUUGUUUCAGAGGAGACUCAAGUGGCAUUGUAUUUCAUCGUGAUUCGUGGAAUGGGUUAUUGUUGAAAACUAAUUUAAAAAAUAAUAGGAAGAACACUAUAAAUAGUGAGAUCCCCAUUCUGUAUAAUGCAAAAUUUUGCAUCUCUGUGGCAAAGUACAGAGGUUUACAAGUAUUAAAAAGGUUUACAUCGAAUGCUCAGUUUUACGAUUCUUUGCCAUACAAUCAGGAGGUUAUUGAGACAUUUCAUGAAAUUAUUGAUUCUGAAAAUGAAGAGUAAAUAGACUUCUUUUUUGAUUUAAA